AUGUCUUCCAGCGGGAUCAUUGACAUACUGAACAUGAAAGGCCCCAGAGGUGAAGCCCUGCAGCAUGGCCAGUCCGGGACCCUGCCCCGCUUCUUGGAGGAGCCUGUCGAUGCUUACAUUAUCAAGAGUAACCCUAUCAAGCUCAGGUGUCAGGCCCGGCCCGCGCUCCAAAUCUUCUUCAAGUGCAAUGGAGAAUGGGUCCACCAGAGCCAGCACAUGUCUCAAGAGCACACCGAUGUCGUGACAGGGCUGAAGAUCCGUGAAGUGAUGAUCAACGUGUCGCGUCAGCAGGUGGAGGACUUUCACGGCCCGGAGGAUUACUGGUGUCUGUGCGUCGCCUGGAGCCACCUGGGCACCUCCAAGAGCCGCAAGGCGAGCGUCCGGAUCGCCUACCUGAGAAAGAACUUUGAGCAGGACCCCCAGGGCACCGAGGUGCCUCUGAACGGCAUGAUUGUUCUGCACUGUCGUCCCCCAGAGGGAGUGCCGGUGGCUGAGGUGAGGGCU